CCCCCUGAACAUCCGGGGCCUGUGGCUUCUCUGUCUAUUGCUGAUUGUUUUGAGUUUCCUGGGAAGGAAAGCCAAUCAGCUGUCUGGCUGUGAUAUUCUGCUUACCAGAGAGAGAGAGAGAGAGAGAGAGAGAGAGAGAGAUAGUGGAGAGGAAGAGAGCAGUCUUGAAGGCGAAUCGUCUGUCUGCAGUGCCACUCCGAGGCCCCCAGGUGGCAGCGGCGAGACCAUGUCGGCAGUGGGGGCGGGAAAGCGGGCCUCGCAGGGGGGGGACAGCCCCUCUGGACCCCCAGAGAAGAAAGGGAAGAGAGAGGAGAAGACCACCACCACCACCCUCAUCGAGCCCAUCCGCCUGGGACGGGUGUGCUCCACUGAGGAGCUGGACCUCAAGGUGUUGCAGUUCAAGAACAAGAAGCUGGCAGAGCGACUGGAGCAGAGGCAGGCCAUCGAGGACGAGCUGAGAGAGAAGAUCGAGAAGCUGGAGAAGAGGCAGGCGACCGACGACGCAACCCUGCUUAUAGUGAACCGGUACUGGAGCCAGCUGGAUGAAAACGUGCAGAUUUUGCUCCAGAGAUACGACCCCGAGCUGCCCCCACCCCCGGCCCUAGCCCCGGCGGAGGUGAAGCCAGACGGGCAGACCCCGGAAAUCCAGCCCCAGGCCUCAGCGGAGGAGCCGGGACUGUCCGCGGAAGGGGGAGAGGAUGGCUCUGCCUGCGGUGAGUGGAGAGAUAGAGGCGCCCAGGGAAGCAGAAGACGUCGCGACCCCUAUGGCUCCUCCCCCCCGGUCCCCGCUGAUCUCCCCGAGCCCAUGCUCUCGUUCCUGGCCACGCUGGCCAGCAGCAGCAGUGAGGAGAUGGAGCUGCAACUGCAGGACCGGAUGGGCUUCUCCAAGCGCGCCGUGUCUCACAUCGUGCGGGUGUUCGAGAGGCUGCACCGCAGGAUCGAGGGGCUGUGUGAGAGAGUGCUCUGCGCAGCAGCCCAGGACGAUGCAGGGAGAGAGGCGCUGUCUGUGAACAGGGAGCUGUCUGGAGAGAACCAUCGGCUGCAGGACCUAGCUAUGCAGCUGCAGGAAAAACAUCACAAGAUGUCCUUGGAGUACAAUGAACUGGUUGACAAGGUGACCUCCUCGGAGACGAAGGUAUCAGAGAUGGAGACGAGCAUCGAGGAUCUGCAAUGGGACAUCGAGAAACUGCGGAAGAGAGAACAGAAACUGAACAAGCACCUGGCAGAAGCACUGGAGCAGCUGAACUCCGGCUACGACACAUCAGGGAACUCUGGUGCGCUGCAAGGAGGACAGAUCACUCUGAACAUGCAGAAGUUUGAGAUGCUGAACGCAGAGCUGGAGCAGAAUCAGGAGCUGGCGAACAGCCGCAUGGCAGAGCUGGAGAAGCUGCAGCAGGACUUGCAGGAGGCCGUGAGAGAGAACGAGAAGCUGAAGAUGGAUCUGCACAAUGUCCCGGAGGAGGUGCUGAAGGAGACUCCAGAGUACAGGUGCCUGCAGGCUCAGUUCUCUCUGCUGUACAGCGAGAGCCUGCAGGUGAAAACCCACCUGGACGAGGCCAGAGCCCUGCUUCUGAGCACCAAGAACGCGCACCUGAGACAGAUCGAGCACAUGGAGAGUGAUGAGCUCUCUCUUCAGAAAAAGCUGCGCACGGAGGUGAUUCAGCUGGAGGACACGCUGGCUCAGGUCCGGAAGGAGUAUGAGAUGCUGAGGAUCGAAUUCGAGCAGAACCUGGCAGCCAACGAGCAAGCAGGCCCCAUUAACAGGGAGAUGCGUCACCUGAUCAGCAGUCUACAGAAUCACAACCACCAGCUGAAGGGGGACGUGCUGCGAUACAAGAGGAAGCUGAGAGAGACGCAGGCAGAGAUCUGCAAGGUGCGCAUGCAAACCAGUUUGGGCACCACUGGUCCCAAUAGCGGCUCCGCUCCCUCCUCUUCGAUCUGGGGGGGGGAAGGAGAGAACGAGCUGGCAGGCGUCAAGAAGGAGGUGAAGGAAGAGCCUGUGGAGGUGAAGAAAGAGGAGGAAGAGGAGAGGGAGAGGGAGAAGGAGAGAGAGAGGGAGAGGGAGAAGGAGCGAGAGAAGGAGGCGGAGAGGGAGAAGGAGAGGCAGAGGAGCGAGGAGAUGAAAAAAAAGGAUUCGGACGCCCUGAAACAGCUCCGCACAGAACUCAAGAAAGCCCAGGAGUCUCAGAAGGAGAUGAAGCUCUUGUUAGACAUGUACAAGUCUGCCCCCAAGGAGCAGAGAGACAAAGUGCAGCUCAUGGCAGCUGAGAGGAAGGCGAAGGCAGAGGUGGAGGAGCUGCGGCAGCGCGUCCGGGACCUGGAGGAGAAGGAGGUGAAGGAGAGUAAGAAGCUGGCGGACGAGGAUGCGCUCCGGAAGAUCAAGCUGGCCGAGGAGCAGAUCGAGCACCUGCAGAAGAAGCUGACGGCGACCAAGCAGGAGGAGGAGGCUCUGCUCUCGGAGAUGGACGUCACCGGCCAGGCGUUUGAGGACAUGCAGGAGCAGAACAUCCGUCUCACGCAGCAGCUCCGGGAGAAGGAUGACGCCAACUUCAAGCUGAUGAGCGAGAGGAUCAAAUCCAACCAGAUCUACAAGCUGCUGAGGGAGGAAAAGGACGAGCUGGGAGAGCAGGUGCUCGCCCUCAAAACACAGGUGGACGCCCAGCUGCUGGUGGUUCAGAAGCUGGAGGAGAAGGAAGGCGUCCUGCAGAGCAGCCUGUCCACCAUCGAGAAGGAGCUGGGGCUGAGGACUCAAGCACAGGAGCUCAACAAGAGGAAGGCUGUAGAGGCUGCUCAGCUGGCUGAGGAUCUAAAGGUCCAGUUGGAGCACACCCAGAACAAGCUGAGAGAGAUCCAGACCUCCAUGUCAGACAACAGGAGCGCCCGAGAGGGGGAGUCCUUCAACCUCAAGAGAGCCCAGGAGGACCUGUCUCGGCUGCGCAGGCGGCUGGAGAAGCAGAAGAAGGUGGAGGUGUACACCGACGCAGACGAGAUCCUGCAGGAGGAGAUCAACCAGUACAAGGCGAAGCUGCGGUGCCCGUGCUGCAACACGCGUGACAAGGAGACGGUGCUCACCAAGUGCUUCCAUGUGUUCUGCUUCGAGUGCCUGAAGACGAGGUACGACACGAGGCAGAGGAAGUGCCCAAAGUGCAACGCAGCCUUCGGAGCCAACGACUUCCACCGGAUCUACAUCAACUGAGAGGAGAGGAGAGGGGAGGGGAGCCAACGACUUCCACCGGAUCUACAUCAACUGAGAGGAGAGGAGAGGAGAAGAGAGGGGAGGGGAGCCAACGACUUCCACCGGAUCUACAUCAACUGAGAGGAGAGGAGAGGGGAGGGGAGCCAACGACUUCCACCGGAUCUACAUCAACUGAGAGGAGAGGAGAGGGGAGGGGAGCCAACGACUUCCACCGGAUCUACAUGAGAGGAGAGAGGAGCAACUGGACAAGACUGCCCCCUCACAUCCACACCGAGAGUCCAACUACUGACAUUGGAGAGCAGGGCUAGAGUAGAAACGAAGCUAUAUUUAGAACUGUAGAUUUUAACAGAGAAUUUUUUUUUUUUUUUAUAAAGGCAGGUUGUACCGUCUCUUCUUUUGGUUGAUUUGCCUGAAUUCAGAUUUUUUUUUUUUUUCCUACAACCCCUUGUCUCCCAUCCCAGCUCCCCUAAAACGAAGUUGGACCCUUUUUAGCAACACUGAAAGAAAUAUGAUCAAAAGAACAGAGAUGCCGAAAUGAUUCAGACUGUUUCUCUUGAGUUUCGACAGUUUUUCGAGUUCCUGUUGACAUUUAAGUUAUGAAUUAGUCAUUUUAGCAGACGCUUUUAUCCAGAGCGACUGGCAGAGAUUAGGGGGGGUGAACUCUGCAUC